AUGGAUAUCGUAGAGGAUGACCAACUGACGGAUGCGGUAAUUUACACGGACUCCCGAUCCGCGUGUGAGAUCUUGGAACUAGCGAGAGGACAGAAUGAGCGAGAAGAACUACUGGACGACAUCCUGAGAAAGGCGAUUCAAUGGGGAGUAUCCUUACAAUGGAUACCCAGCCACGUUGGAGUGAACGGCAACGAAAUAGCGGACCAUUUAGCGAAAAGAGGUACCACGGACGGCCAAGUCUUUCUUCAAAAUAAAAUAUCGUACAAGGACGCAUACUGGAUCCUGAAAAGUAACAAAGCAUCAAGAACAGACGAGUGGUAUAAAGAGUAUGCUAAGGACAAAGGGCAGAAGUUCUUCCAAAUACAACAGGACUUCAAGCCAAAGCCAUGGUUUGUUGGGCUAAACUUAACUAGCCAACAGAUCCGCCUCCUUAAUCGAUUAAUGGCUGGCCACGACUGGUCAAAAUUCUGGAGACACAAGAUGAAACUAACUGAUAGCCCUGACUGUGAAACUUGUGGUGAACUAGAAACAGCCGAACACCUAAUUCUGCACUGUACAAAGUAUCAAAAUAUGCGUGCCAAAUACACUUUUGGACAUUUCACCAAGCUAAUCGAUUUGUUCAAAACAAAAAACUUGAAGAUGUAUGAAGAAGUUACGGAUUUCGUGAAGGAAGCAGCUUUGGAUUUGUGA